UGGUUUCUAGUUCGCUAGGUCGGUGAUUAGUAGAUUUUUCCUUAUUGACGGAUUCGCCGCUAGGGAGUCGCGCAACGUUUCCGCGGUUGUGCAGUUGAAAAUAAUGCGUAAAUCUCCAUGAUUUGUUGGUGGUGGUGGUGGUUUUUUUAAACAAUUACGAUUUUUUAUGAAUUCAAGUUAAAAAGUCCUGAUUUUAAGAAACAAAUAAUUGUGGAGUCUGUUAUUUUACUUUUACGCAAAUUACGGUAGACGUAUGACUGGAGAGGAAGAGUGAACGGAACACUAAAAUAUUUUCCGCACUAUUUUUAAUUUCCCUUGUCCGUCAAUUGACAACAGUCUUUUUUGCAAUUCGGAAGGAGGGAAGUCACUGCAAAAAAGAUGAGAUUUUUUCCUGUCGGUUCUGGUGUGAAGAAUCGCUCCAAAAGCCGCAACUUUAUCCUCACAACGACGAAUUUUUUGGCCAACAUUACUGCACGACGAUGUCCUACUCAACGAUAUUCUGGAUAUGGAGAUGGCCUCUGGUGAACAGCCGCCUCCCGAUAAGGAAACUGAGAGCGCGAGGAAGACGCGCUUCUUAAUGGAUAGUGACGACAAGGACGAUGGAGACGCAUGGUCCACGAAGCGGAUUGAGGAUUGGAGCCAGGGAGACACGAUCAACUGGCUCAUGUCAGCCGCAUCACAUAUGGGUCAAUCCUAUUGCUCGAUUCAACAAACCCUAGCUAUGCCUGGAAAAGAACUUCUCACUCUGACGAAGAAAGAUUUUAUUUUCCAUGAUCAAGAUUACGGAGAGAAGCUCUACGACCAUUUGCAUUCACAGAUGAUGUUAAAUAUCUUACCAAAUUUUUCGUCCCUCCGAAAGAUCUUGAAGCAUGGUCGCAGAUCCUCCGGAUCAACGACGGUUUCUGAAAUUACCGAGUCUGAAGACAGUUUAGAUGAAUCACCUAGACGACAAAGGCCAGGGCGGACCACAGGAUUGAAGCAGAAAAAACAAUAUUUAAUAAUGUGCACCAAUGAAAUAUUCGUAGCAAACAAUCUAGGAAAGUUGUGGGAGUUUAUCAGAGACCUUCUGCAAAAUCCAGAAACCUGCCCGAGUCUUAUUCGCUGGGAGGACUACUCCAAGGCAAAGUUUAAAUUCAUCAGGGGCGAGGAGGUGGCCAAGCGGUGGGGUGCGAGAAACGGAAACACAAACAUGACUUACGAGAAAAUGAGUAGAGCCAUGAGGUAUCAUUACACCAAUAAAGUCUUUCAAUCUGUCAAGAAGGACAAUUUAGUCUACCAAUUCGGUCCCAAUGCCACAGGAUGGCAGACAGACAAUCCCAAUUUUUCACGUAAAUCAUCGUCAACAUAGAUCAAUAAAAUCUAUCAACGAAUAGGAACUUCGACAAUAACAGUAACUAACAGGACAUAGUAUAUCAUAUUUUAAGAAUAGAGUAGGAAAAUAAUCGUUCAUUAGCUCAAAAAGAAGAUUUAUUCGAAUGAAAUCUACAUUCAUUUUUAAAAGCUGAGUUUCAGAAGCUCAUCAAUGUGAGGAAAAAGUACAAUACUCUUACUGUUUAUAUCUCCAUAACAUCUUAUCAUUGUGGCGAUGGUCAUUGUCAAAUUCGCGAUUUCUAUAAUAUCACAGGAGGUACUCAAAAACCUUAACAUUAUUCACUAUUAUUGCUCAUAGCCUUAUUUCAUUGCAAUCCUGAAGGUCAAUAUACUUAAUUUUAUUGCAAAUUUUUGGCAAUAUGAGAAUGUAAAAGCUUGAAAUACAACGAUUGUUAUCGUUAUUCAGUUAAGUUAUUUGGUCGGAAGAGUCUAGAGGAGUGCUACUUCAUUGUAUCCUGACAACUUGAAUUCAGUUGUAACUUUAUGUUAAUUUAAGCCGCCUAAUUCCAUUAUUUUUGUGAUUUUUCAUUUUUUGUAACUUUGGAACUCAAUAAAAGCACGACAAUUCGCCAAAAUUUAAUUAAUUCAUUACAUAAAAUAAAAA